ACACAUUUUGAACCCUAGUGUGAAGCACUAUAAAACGCUGACACCAGUGCGUUUAGCUUUUUGCAUAAUUAAAAAAUCUGUCGAGAAUUUAGGGAUUCGAGUUCACUCUUGCUCCUUCACUCUCACCGGUAGCUUGCGAUUUCGAUCUUCACCGUCCGAAGGGUUGUUAAGUUCUUGAAUAGAUUUGUAUUGUUCUAAGAAAAAAGUGAAAUUUGAAUUGGUUUAAGAGGAAAAAUGCGGAAUAAAGAAUUGGUUUUGGAUGAUGGGGAAGUAGAGUAUGAGGCUGGUCCAGAAUCUGCGUGGGGUAAUUUUGAGGAUGAUGAUGUAAUGCAGCAGCAAUCUUCUAUUCAGGAUGAUGAAGCCAAGAAAUUUCCAUUUGUGGGUGAUAAGGAACCACUAUCUAGCUUGGCUGCUGAAUAUCAGUCAGGCAGUCCUAUAUUACUGGAGAAAAUCAAGGUGCUUGAUGGGCAAUAUGCUGCCAUUCGGCGUACUCGUGGAGAUGGAAACUGCUUCUUUCGAGGCUUUAUGUUUUCAUACCUUGAGCAUAUUUUGGAAGCUCAAGACAGUGCAGAAAUUGAUCGCAUCAAAGCCAAUGUUGAGAGAAGCAGAAAAGCACUUCAGACCUUGGGUUAUGCAGAAUUGACUUUUGAAGAUUUUUUUACGUUAUUCCUUGAGCAGCUGGAAGACGUUAUUCAAGGGAAAGAGACGUCCAUAAGUCAUGAAGAGCUUGUUCUUAGAAGUCGAGAUCAGUCAGUUUCAGAUUAUGUUGUUAUGUUCUUCAGAUUUGUUACGUCUGCUGAAAUACAAAAGCGCUCAGAAUUUUUCGAACCUUUCAUCAUGGGCUUAACCAAUACAACAGUUGAGCAGUUCUGCAAAUCAGCUGUUGAGCCAAUGGGUGAAGAGAGCGACCAUGUUCACAUUACCGCCCUUUCAGAUGCAUUGGGCAUUCCAAUCCGUGUUGUGUAUCUUGACCGUAGCUCAUGUGAUACUGGUGGUGUCAGUGUAAAUCAUCAUGAUUUCACUCCGGUUGCUGGUGAUCUCCCAAGUGCUAGUGGUAGCUCUGAAAAGAAGAAUCCCUUCAUCACAUUACUAUAUCGUCCUGGUCACUAUGAUAUCCUCUAUCCAAAGUGAGGAUGAUCUAUUGGAGAGACCUUUUAUUUGAUGCUUUUUCGGCUCCACACUGAGCUUGGUUGUUAAUGAGGGCACAUGUACUCUGUAACUUGUCUUGUUAAUGUUGAAAAGGUCAAAUAUGUCUAGAAUGUUAUACGUAUUUCGAAAGUUUGAUCAACAAAGUACGCCGACAUUAGUGCAUUAAGAAUCAAAACUCACCCAGUUUAUGUUGCUUUGUUA